AUGGUGAAGCCCGUGGUGAACCCGAACAUGAAUAAGACCCUGCGUGAAGUAGUGGGGCGAUACGUGGGUGCUGCCCCGCAGCUUUCGCACAAGCAGAAGGUGCAGAGAAUCUACAAGAAAUCGCUCAAGACGCUGGACUCGUGGAUCAUCGACCGCCGUCUCUGGAACGAAGAGGCCACUAAGAUCCGCGCCGAGUUCGAUGACAACCGCGAGCUGGACCCCGAGUCAGGACUGGCCACGAGACUGCUUCGUGAGGCGCAGGAGAAGGUUGACCACUAUACGCACCCGGACCGCUAUAUAUUCAACUAUAUGCCUGGUGGUAGUCUCUAUAUGCGCAAUGCACCCAUCCCUCUGGACGUGUGCUUCCCAGAUGGGGAGAUUCCGGACGAUGUGGAGCUAUCGCCACUCGAGGGUAUCAAUGUCGACAUGACGCCUUUACCUGCCAAGGAGACGGUGUUUGUAGAUUUUUCCAAGAAAGGCUACGACUAG